UUCCUUAGAUUUGUUCAGUUUCAAAAGUUAGAACCAAAUCGCCAUUAUGCAAGACGACGACGUUGCCUCUCUUGUCUUUGACAAUGGGUCUGGAAUGUGCAAAGCAGGUUUUGCCGGAGACGAUGCCCCACGAGCCGUUUUUCCGUCCAUUACGGGAUUUCCUAGAUACCAAAAUGUGAUGAUCGGUAUGGGCGCUAAAGACAGCUACGUCGGAGAUGAAGCCCAGUCUAAGAGAGGCAUGCUGACACUCAAGUAUCCAAUAGCUCACGGGGUAGUCACCAACUGGGAUGACAUGGAGAAGAUCUGGCACCACACCUUCUACAACGAGCUUCGCGUCGCCCCCGAGGACCACCCAGUCCUGCUGACAGAGGCUCCCCUCAACCCCAAGUCCAACCGAGAGAAGAUGACGCAGAUCAUGUUCGAGACCUUCAACUCCCCGGCCAUGUAUGUUGCCAUCCAGGCUGUUCUGUCCCUCUAUGCCUCCGGGCGUACCACGGGCAUUGUCUUGGACUCGGGGGACGGAGUCACUCACACUGUGCCCAUCUACGAGGGUUAUGCCCUGCCUCAUGCCAUCGCCAGGCUCGACUUUGCUGGACGCGAUCUCACACACUACCUCGCCAAGAUCCUGACCGAGCGCGGCUAUUCCUUCACAUCCACGGCAGAGACAGAGAUCGUGAGAGACAUCAAGGAAAAGCUGUGCUAUGUCGCCUUGGACUUUGAGCAGGAGAUGAACACUGCAGGUCUGUCUUCUACACUGGAGAAAAGCUACGAGUUGCCAGAUGGCCAGGUGAUCACCAUUGGCAACGAGAGAUUCAGGAGUCCGGAGUCAGUAUUCCAGCCAUCUUUUCUUGGUCUGGAGUCUGCUGGCAUCCAUGAAACCACGUACAACUCCAUCAUGAAGUGCGAUGUUGACACGGCCAUGUACCUCUCCUUGAGUGCUGCACUCUCUCUGUGCUCGUCUGGUCGUCACUCUGGCAUCGUCCUCGACUCUGGAGAUGGCGCCACUCAUGCCGUGCCCGUCUACGAGGGUUAUGGCAUACGGCAUGCUGUCUGGACACUCGAGUUCGCCGGACGUAAACUGACCGACUACCUCAGUAAGUUCCUAACGGAUCGUCAGUAUCACUUCAGUACAAGAGCAGAUAUGGAAACUGUGAGAGAUAUUAAAGAAAAAUUAUGUUACGUUGCUUUGGACUUUGACAAGGAAAUAAACACCACGGAUUCAUCGUCUGAAAUGGAGAAGAGCUACGAGUUACCGGAUGGACAUACAGUCAGUAUUGGCAACGAGAGGUUCAGGACUCCAGAAUCCUUAUUCCAACCGUCGUUCCUUGGUCUGGAGUCUACUGGUAUCCAUGAGGCGAUUUGCUACUCCAUCAAAAAGUGUGAAGCAGACAUCCAGCCGGUCAUGUAUUCCAACACUGUCCUCUCGGGUGGUUGUACAAUGUUCUCGGGUAUUGCCGACAGAAUGCAAAAGGAAAUGUGUAAUCUUGCUCCCAGUUCCACGAAAAUCGAAGUAAUUGCACCACCAGACAGGAUAUAUUCUGUCUGGAUUGGAGGUUCAGUAAUAGCGUCUAUGUCUACGUUCCAGCAGAUGUGGAUCAGUAGGGAGGAGUAUGAUGAGUAUGGACCCGACCUGGUACACAGGAAGUGCUUCUGAAUAUUCAGUCAUACGAUUGGACAAACUUGAUAUGGAAGAGUUCCCAAUUCUACUAAUUCAGAGAUAGGUACAUGGAAGUGUUCGCAUUUCUAGUAAUCUAGUGAUACGAUUAGACAGACGUGGAACAGGUCACAGUUCUAGUAAUUCAGUAAUACGAUUAUGCACACGUGUCAUAGAAGAGAUCACGUUUCUAGUUAGUAAACGUUUGUACUGGACGAGUUAUUCAGUGACACAGCUGGACAGACAUGACAUGGCUGAGGUCAAAUAUCUUCUUUUUUUCAGUGUCAGGAGGCUACAGUUCUAUAUUAAAUCACCAGUUUAUAUAAUAACCUAUAACAUACGAGUAGUGCCAAAACUGUUUAAAAAUCUGUUUCCUGAAUACGAUAGUGCAAUGAUAGUUAAUGCACUAAAUAAAAACUAUACAAAAAUUCUCACAUCAAACGUUUUGGAGCUUUCCAUAUUAAAAUAUUUAUGUUGCAGAUUAGUAGAUCUGACACAAUAAUGGAUUGUACAAAAUCAGAACGUUUCGAGUAUUCUGAUUGGUGUUAUAUAUGACUUUGUUUAUGUGUGCAAUUACUUAUAUCAAUAAAUUGAUAUACCGUACAUAAAUACUAUACUUAUAUUUUGUAUACACUUGUUAUGCAGACAUUGUUUAUUUGUAAAAAAAGUACUAUUAUUUAUUAACAAUAAAUUAACAUACUUUCACUUUGCAUACAGUUGCUCUGUUGACAUUGUUUAUUUGUGAAACUACUAUUAUCUAUUUUAACAAUAAAUUAAUAUACUUUUAUUUUGUAUACAGUUGAUAUGCAGCGUAUAUCGGAGGUGGAAACCAGUAUAGGGUACAAUAAAAUAUGAAACUGGGUGUUUAUAGUAAAAUAAAUAUUAUUUCUGCUA